CACACACAACACGGGUAAUGGACACGCAGUCAACGUGUACCUGCUGUAUGCCAACACCUCUGCCCCAAGCGAAAAAACCCAUUUUUAUUCCAAUCCCAAUUUCCCUUUGCAAUUAAUCCAAGCAAUCUCCUUCACAUUAAUGGCGGGCCUUUAUUGUUUCUGUUGAUUGUUUAUCAGGCGCGUCUAUCGGUGCGCGUGUAUUGCUGCUGUUGAUCUUAUCCGUUGAUGCCCGGCAUCGGAUCAAUCUUGGCCGUUGGCUCGUUCUGUUUUUUGAGCUCCAUUUUCGUUUUCCUUUUGAGUGCGUGUAUUGUUUAAUGAGGUUCUGGGGCGGUGCCGGCUGCUAUUUUGAUUGCUCUGGACAACAAUUUUUAUGGGAUUCGCUUGAUGAGCUUCAGCUUGCAUUGUUGUAUUCAGUGGUGGAUGGUGUGAAAUUGGAAAAGAAGGGAACUUUAGGUACUUAUUUCGUUAAUGGCGAACGGGAGCAACACCGACCGCUGCGUAUUUCCUUUGACGGGCUUGCAAAUUGGUCCUACCUUUCACACCUCAGCAUAUUUACGGCAUCUGAGAGUGGUAAUUUCUACAUCUUGGUGGACAACAGGCCAUGGUUAAAAGAUCUUGUGUCACGGCCCACACAUUUGUGGCAAUUGAUGGUCACCAAGUCCAGAUUAUCCCCUUUUGCUAACACCGGGGGUAGGAAGGAGAGGAAGAUGAUGGAAGAAGUUUCGGAUAUACCGGCUGCCUCGUCAUCAAACGGUCGAAAUUUGAGGGAUUUUAAGAAAUGGGUUUCUUUGAUUGAUGCUUUGAUGCUGUCCAGGAAGAGGGCGUUGAUGCCCGUAAAGAAACUUAGGAAUUCCUUGAUUGCAAACAGCAAGUUGCAUAGGACUUUGUACGGAUUCAUCGUGUUUGAGGUUGAAUGGGGAGAUGUGCGUGGUAUUAACUAUUUGAAUGAGCUUCAGACUGAUACAUCACUUGCAAUAGAGGCUAAAGUUAUGAGGAGGUGGGAAUUUGAUAGCAUAGCUCAAGCAGCUAGGUCAAUAUCCUCUUGGUUCCCAGGGACACUCGAUGAACAGAUUCUCUUGGAAGAGCAUUUAGAUGCUGUAUUAGGAGAGGUUUUCCAUGAUGCUCAAGAAAGAUUCCCCCGAGCUAACGAUGACAUCAUCAAUGACGAAAUGUGCACCGGAGAUGAAUCCCUCUGUUUCAAUGUCUAUCCAGUGAAAACGGAGAAUAGGUUUAGUAGAUUAAUCACGCCACCUCCACUGGACGCUCCUUACAAAAGGAGGAAAGUCAUGACACCAAUAUAUUGUGACCUCGGGAUUUCUUCGGGAGAAGAAACAGAUAAUAACGAAACAGUCGAAAUUCUUCCUCAUCAGUCCCCUGACCCGAAUAAUCCCGAAGAAAUACCUAAACCCACAUUGUACAGAGAUGUUCUGAUUUUAUUCCGGUUCAAUGAUAGAGACCUCCCGUUCAAACUAAAAGACAUAAUCAUGUCCGAUUUGCGGCUACUUACCCUACUCGAAGCUGGACUUCCUUCUUGGGUUAUCUUCCUUCAGUCUUACCCGGUAUUUUGCCAUUUUUAUCGCCCGUGGAUGUGCCCUCUGGCUAGAGCCUUAUACGUGUUCAUAUCGAUUGUGACAGUCCUAAUCGGAUUCUACGACUUGUACAAAAACGUGCCCCUCCUCAAGGCAACAGCCUCGAGUUUGUUUGGACCCUUUUUCGACUGGAUCGAAACGCUCGAGAUGAUUUCGAGGAUUAAGUAUUUAGGAACAAUGUUAUUUCUUCAUAAUUUUCAGAAGGCAGUCAAAUGGUUCCUCAUGGUGACUCGAACCGCUCGUACGUGCCUGUCGUUCGUUUUAGAUCCAAUGGCCGGGCCUUUUGCUGAGGUCAUGGAAUUUUUUGUACCAAUUUGGAGCAUUUUUGUGAAGCUGGCCGAGAGUUUCUUCUCGGUGACUUGGAUGGUGAUCGAGUCUUGUUUCACAAUGGUAGGGGACCUUAUAGAGAUUUUACUGCUUCCGGUUUGGUACAUUUUGGGGGUUGUAUGGAAUAUUGCAACAUCUGUUAUAUACCCUAUAUUCUGGAUUAUAUGGGAAAUUAUGUACGCUCCGAUUCGGCUAGUCCUUGGGUUUUGUAGCCUUGUGGUGUAUACGUGUAAAUUUGUAUACGAGUUGGUUGGAGACUUAUUGCUGCUUUCAAGUAGCAUUUUUAACUUAACGAGUGAGGUCGAGUCAACAGUGAGCUCGUAUGAGGUCUCGAUGUGGCGUUCGCUUUGGAAUGACCUUUUCUCCCAGAUUUUCCGUGCUCUGCGGAGUAUUCUUAACGGCUUUGUGGCUUUCUUUGCUGCUUGUAAUCGACACCGCCUUAGCAUUUAUAAUCAUAUGAAGGGUGUCAACAACAGAUUAACAUGUGCAGCUCGAAGGACAACAAGUCCCGAAAGGCAUACUCAGAUCGGACAGAGUCCAAAAGCUCACACAAUAAGUCCACUAAGUAGGAAAGAAUUCCAGCAGAAUCACGCUAAAUCGAAGAAGACAAAAUGACACUUCGUACAGAGUAACACAAAUGCCUACGGUCGGGUAAUUUGGGGAUAGUGCAAAUUGUAAAAAGUAAAAACUGAAAACAUGAGAAGCAUUUUGUCGAUCGAGGUUUGCAAACGCGCUCCCUUAAUUUGUAUAUACGAGAGGACACCUGUAAUAAUAACAUAUGCUUCAUUCAAUAAGUGAAAUUUGUACAGUGGAAAAUUUGUUGUUUAAAGGAAGAGCUGAAAUCUUGAGUAUAUAUAUGAUCACCAAAAUGGGAAUAUUUUUAGCCCCAC